GGGCGACCCCUCCCACAGCAACAUGCAACCCGACCUGCAGGUGAACAGUCUAGCUCCAGCUUCCCUGCUUCCUCCUCACACACUCCUCACGGCUCGGAUUGUUUGGUGAGGCGAACCUUUUUUUUUCUCUCCCCCUGUUCUGGUUCGCGUACGGGACGCGGUCCUGCAUCGCGUCCGGAGAGCGCGUCUGGAUGUGAAGGCAGACGGGAUGAUGGUGUGAAUAGGCAGCAGUGUGGGCGUAAAGCCAUCCACCAGAGGCUUGUAAACCUGACAUGCGUAUACCCAAUGAGAAAGUAACGUGAGACCCCAUCCUGAGGGAACACCAGGAUGCUUCCCACUGCGUCACAGCUUUUCGGCAAGACCAAAAUUGGAGGCAGCUCUUGCAACCCUGUUGCUGCAGCCUUGCUGCUCUCUGUGUGUCUUGGCUUCCCUCCCUCUGUGGCCACUUGCCCAUCCUACUGCCUUUGUGCCAGUGAUAUAAUUUCCUGCAGCGGCUGCAAUCUGUCUGUGUUGCCCUUUGAUCUCCCAAACUAUGCCACACGUUUGGACCUGAGCCAUAAUGCCCUCACUGUCCUGGCUGUGGACUGGAUUUCCAGACCAUUUGACCGUCUUGCUACACUGGUUCUCAGUCGAAACUCCAUAAGCCAAAUUGAGGUGAAUGCCUUUGCUGUGGCGCCACAUGUCCUCCACCUGGACCUCUCGUCCAACAGACUGACAGUCCUGAAUUCGUCCAUCUUCAUUGGGUUGAAGGAACUGAAAGAGCUGCUGCUGUUUGGCAACCAGAUCAUCCAGAUUAAUGCAGGGGCCUUCAGUGAUCUUCACAGCCUGCAGAGGCUCUACCUCUCUGGGAACAGACUGAUGGCGUUCCCCCUGGGGCUUUACUGGGAACCUGGCGGGCCUCAUAAUCUGACAUUUCUUGAUCUAUCAUACAACAGGCUCUCCAAGGUGCCCGUCCAGAGCUUGCUGUCUCUCACUCAGCAAAGUGGAAUUUAUUUGCAGGAAAACCCUUUGAUCUGUGACUGUGCUUUACUCGCCUUGCUGGAGUACUGGAUGUGGAAACAGUAUCGCCCCCUGGUAGACUUCAGAGGUGAAUACCCAUGUAGAGAUGUUUUAGAACCAGGGACUGAAUGUAGCCAGCAGGUAGCGUUAGAUAUAUCCCUUGAGACACAAAUUUACCAAGUAGAGCCUGGUAAGUGGCUAAGAGUGCCAUGUCCCGGGUUGGCUUCUCCAGUUCAGGAGGGGCUGGUGGUGUUCUGGGUUACUCCCAGGACUGUGGUGAAUUCAUCAACCAAUGAUCCUAAUGCCCACCUUACAGUUUUCCCCAAUGGCACCCUGGAAAUUCGAUCAGCCCUGAUGGAGGAUUCUGGGAUGUAUGGGUGUGUGAUAGCCCGCCGGCACCACUAUGACCCCUUUGAGUCUCUUGAGGUCAGUGUGGUGGUGGGAAACCUAAGCAGUACCUCCACCAGUGGCUCAGCACACCGCGGUACUGAGCAUUUCAACACAGCAUUCACCACCCUGGCUUCCUGUGUGAUCAGCAUCAUACUGGUCCUACUCUACCUCUACCUCACUCCCUGUCGAUGCCGGGAAAGCCGGGGUGGGGUUUCGAGAGGGUGGGGCAGAAGAGCCUUCAUCCUCUGCUCAGACCCCAGAGAGGUAGAGUCAGGACAGCGGCGGUCAAACGGAAAGAGAGUGGCUUUCUUAGAGCCUCAGGCAGAGGACUCUGAUACUGGUGUCCCAAAAACACCAGCGUUGAACUUGGGUCAUAUUACCACUGAGGGAAUUCUCAAGAAUGGAAGUAGGACAGUGGGACAGACCCUCACAGACACUUCUCAUAUGGCAUAGCAAGAAAACUGAAAAUGUUAUGCAUUCCUGUAUUCAUAUCCAUCUAGAGUCUGAACCCAGGUGUUUUUUCUUUCAUUGUCUUGUUUCAGUACAUGAAAAAAUCAAUUUGAUGUGAAGUAGUGUAUUGUGAUUCUUGUGGAGUAUUUAUUCACUGUAGGGUUUGAGCGUUUGGGUCUGAAGUAGAAAAUGCAGUCCUUUUGUGGGCAGAAUUUCAAUUAUGUCUCGACUGUAAGUGGUGUCUGUUUUUAUAUUAAGACUUCAUAUGGAAAUUUCACUGUUGAUGUGGGAAAUCGUUAUCGCAAAGCUCACAAAGCUUAUUUAAAUGUGUGAUGUUUUAAAUUGGUCUGAGAGAAAUAUUCACACAUGAUCUGAGAAGCUUCUAGGGAGAUUGAUGGUUAUUAUACAGUAUAUGCAUUGUGAAUAUUGCCACGACAUUGAACCUUGUCAUUUGUAACAUCUGUCUCUGUACUGUGGAGUGUUACCAUUUUUAAAACAUGUCAGUCAUGUGUGUGAAAUGAUCUGAACUUGUUUCUGAUAUUUUUUUCAGAUCAAAUUAUGUUAAUCAAAUAUUGCCACGUGAAAGAUGCUGUAUAAAAACCAAAGAUAAUAAAGAGAGAUAUAGAGUAGCAUAUUGUGUCGCUGUCUGGUGGAAACCUGUAAAAUGUUCACUAUUGAGUGAGAAGAACAAACUUGUGUUCAGACUUGUGGAGAAAAAUGCAUUGAUAAGCUUAAAUAUGGUGGAAUUCCCUUAAAUGAUACCUUACCCACAGUAUCUAACCAUGCAGAAAGCUUUACCUCUACAACCCGCAGCUUUACCAUUUUAUUUCACUCCUGGUUUGCAGCUAGUUUCACUAAAACAUGUAAUCCACAGACCUCUAUGUGAGCAUUUUCUUUUAAACUUCUUUCUAUUGAAGCAAAAAGCUGUCAAAAACUGUCAAAAGUGUGUCUUGAGGAUCAAAACACUGAGGGAAGUGUGUCUUGUGGAAUAUCUAGAGCACAUGUGUCAAACUCAAGGCCCAUGCGAUGAUUUCGAUUUUCUCUUAAUAGCCUGUAGGCUAUGGGCCCAUGUCCAUAAACGUGUACCUUUAGAUACCUUAGGUCUGUGAAGGGAUUCUACAGUGGUAGUGAAUUAUUUUUUUAUUUUCUGUACAUUUCAGGUCUUUUUUUUGUAAUUCUUUUCACUGGGUCUAACCUGGUCACCUCUGUAGGAAAGGACUGGCUUCGCCUCUGCUUAAGAUGGUCCCUUCAGUGAUUGAGUUAGACACCCCUGGGACAUAUGUGUCUGGAACAACACAUUGCUGGUGAUUUUCAUAAAUGCUAUUUUUCAAUACUGUGAGACCACAUACAAAAUUCCAUUGACAUUCAUUGUAUUGGGGUGUAAAAACUAUCUGCAUGGCUCGGACUGGACUGACCCUUUAAUCUGAUGGAUGAACAUUAAAUGUUAUGAAAAUGAUCAAUUUAAAAAUUCAGGUAUGAGGGAUUCACCUGGCAGCAGCUACAUACUCAGUAACUGCCAUAAUUUGAGAGCUAUAUGUAUAAAAAAAGUAGUACUUUGUUGAUAUCCUAUGAAAUCGAUUCCGAGUUCUCCAAAAUGGUGUCAGAGUUAAGGUCUAGACCAGCCCUCCUGGAGCUGGUUUGGAAUGACACUUCAGCAAACUGGACACAUGUCAACCUGAUCCCUGUUCACCAUUUUAAAAAUGGACAUCCCUGCUCACCCUCCACCUUGUUACACCAACCGACAGCUUUACAAACAGCAGAUUCACAGAGGAAUUGAUAGUUAUCAGUUCAGACAAGAGAGGAAUUUGGGCUCGGCGAUGAAGCCCCAGUCAGCCCAGAUUAGUGUCACAGAAAUCAAAAGGAGGUUUGCCAGCUUGCCUGAAGCCCACCAUGACCCACAUUCCUCUGUCCUCCCUUUGUUCGAUUUUUAUAGGUGUGUGGAAUAAUUUCCCAAAGUGCCAAGAGGCUUGUUAAGGUUUCCUGGGCUGUACAUGUCCAUGCUAUCACUGGCGUUUUAUGUUUUUAUUUCUCUUAUUAGACACAGGAUAAUUUUUAAGUAGAGCAGUGAAGGUGAC